AUGACCGACCUGCCAUGGCUGAUGUUUAUAAUGACUUUCAUUAGUACGUGGCUUAAUUCCAUAACAGAACACACUUUUAUAUUAAACAAUAAUUCUCACCGGGAAGAAAAUGUAUGGUUAUCUACAAAGAAUGAUACCGAAGGAACAAGUUAUCAAGAUAAUAGAACUAUAACCACGACUUUAAGUUACAAUGAAAACCAAAAAAAUGUUAUUGUUACUGAUAUUGAAAAUAUAAGAGUUAUAGAUUUACCAACAGCCAACUUGACAAACUCUUCAUCGAUUGUUUUUCCAACUUCAACUAGUGAGAAAAUUAAAAUAAAUACAUUUCUACCUGAACAAAAGGCAAUUGAGAAAUGCUCAUUGAAUGCAAGUUAUUGCAUCAAAGUUGAUAAUUAUCCAAGAGAAGAUAUAUCAAAUAUUUUUAGAAACAGCAAGUAUAUGUCAACUCCUUAUUAUGAUAUAGAUGCUAUGAAUGAGAUAAAUGAUUUUGAAACAAGAAUAUCAGAUUCUCAACUUGAAUCUUUCUGUCAGUCAAGAACAGAAGUAAUAUAUCCAGAAGCCGGUAUUACAUCAAAAAACGAAUGGCGUUUUAUUGUACAAACUCCAGAAACUAAAGACAAUGGCACUACCAUUAAACAAGGAAUUCUAGUGGAGAAAUGCAUCAAUACUGGAGUUCCGUGCAAAUUUGAUUCUUCUUUACCACCAGGACACGUGUCAACCUGUGUACAAAAAUAUAUCUACAAAAGAUUAAUAUCCAUUGAAGGUUCUAAUUUUGACUUUGAUACUUUUAAAAUGCCAUCUUGUUGUCAGUGUAUGUAUAGAAUAAACGAAGACUAG